GCGGCGAGAAGGAGGUCUUUAUUACGACGCUGCACAAUGCCCAAGCCCUGGGGGACCUCUGCCGGCAGCAGCAGCAGGGCUCAGGAGUGAAAAGGCAGGCGGCAAGGCUGGGGCUGAAGACUGGAGCAGCGGCUGGGGAACUUUGCAGAGGGGUUGAAAGAGCAAUCCGAACUCGCAGGGGAGAGAGCUCCACGCUCUGGGGCCAGGGCCACCGCUGAGAGCCGUGGUGGUGUCAGUGCCUGGCUGCCUGGGCUGGGACUGGGAGGCGCCCACGCGAGGGAAGACUGGUCCCUUCAGGCAGCAGGCGGCUCCGUUCUUUCUCCCGCCGGGCUUCCAACUUUCCUGCAUGGGGUCUCCUCGGUGGAAGAGGCUCUGCCUUCUGUUCUUGAUCGGCUUAACUUUCUCUGCCAUCUUCUAUGGGCACCACUUUACCACGCUGGAUUCUCCCACCAGUCCCAGGACGGUAGCCAGUUUGUGCCCCUGGUCAUUAAAAUCCAAAGUGAAGAUGGAUCCCACAUUUGGAAAGCAAUUCGAUUUUGACAUCCCAGUGCUGAUGUGGGAGCAACUCUUCACCCCGGAGGCAUGGGACCGUCUGAAGGAACGCAAUGUCCCCUACGGCUGGCAUGGUUUGUCUUAUGCAGUUAUUGCCUCUACUGUGAAGCUGCUCAAUAACUCUGCCAACAGAAGGCUCUUCAGCAUGGCCAGGCCCCCUGAUGGCUGUAUCCACUGUGCCGUGGUUGGGAAUGGGGGAAUUUUGAAUGGAUCCCGCCAAGGCAAGGAGAUAGAUGCUCAUGACUUUGUCUUCAGGCUCAAUGGGGCAGUGACCAAAGGCUUUGAGGAAGAUGUGGGAACUAAGACCUCCUUCUAUGGAUUCACAGUAAACACCAUGAAGAACUCCCUUCUUGCUUAUGCAGAAUAUGGCUUUACUCAGAUACCACAGGCCAAGGACAUACAGUACAUUUUCAUUCCUUCAGAUAUACGAGAUUACAUCAUGCUCAAAUCUGCUGUACUGGGCAUCCCCGUCCCAGAGGGCUAUGACAAGGGAGAUGAGCCACAGAAAUAUUUUGGUUCUGAGGCAUCUGCAGGGAAAUUCAAGUUGCUGCACCCGGAAUUCAUGCAUUAUCUAACAGAGAGGUUUUUAAGAUCAGAAAUAAUAAACAGUCAGUUUGGGCAUCUCUACAUGCCCAGCACUGGAGCCCUUAUGCUUCUCACAGCUCUACAUACUUGUGAUCAGGUCAGUGCCUAUGGAUUCAUCACGGAGAAUUACAGGAAGUUUUCAGACCACUACUAUGAGCAGGAGAAGAAGCCCUUGGUGUUCUAUGCCAACCAUGAUAUGCUGUUAGAGGCUGAGCUGUGGAAGAGCCUGCAUCGGGUUGGCGUUAUGAAGCUGUAUCAACGAUAAAGGUGGCUGAUUGCAUAGACAAGGAAAGGAGGGAGUGGCUCCCCUUCAUUGCCCACCCGGGAAAGCUUUCCCGAUCUGCAGGAGUCCUCCCUUUGCCUUGCGUAGGUCAGCAAUGAAACUGAUAGGCAGCAAUGUUUCAAACAUACAACAAGACAUUCUGUCGCGGCCAGUUAACCUGUGGAUUUGGUGAAGAGCUGUAAUGGUAUACAAAUUCCACACUAGAAGAAAGACCCAUCAGUAUAAUGAGGGACUACAACAGCAGUCUCAAUACUACUGAAUUGCUGACUGCCAGAAACUUGGACUAGAUGACAGAGAUAUGGAUGCAGCCAUUUGUAACUGCUCUGCUUUGCGUACACUUCCAGUGGAGCAUCUAUCAAGCAUUCCAUUGUGGCUUUUAUUGGAGGCAAGGUGACUGAUCUUCUUGGGAUAUUGGCCUGACCCAGCAUGGCAUUUUUUAGGAACACUCCACUCUCCUCCUGUUAGGAGAAAUCAAACCACACUCAUAUUAAAUGAAGUGAAGGGGCUGGAGCGCACCAUAUUGGCCAUGAUCCCGACGGUGCUGCUCCUUACCGUAGUGGCCACUUGGCUCACAUGUGGGAUUGACACAGCGAAAUAACUGCUGUCUGAUGAAGCUGGCUCACUCAGAACAGCUUUCUGGUUCAGGGGGACAAAUGCCUCUACAUGGCAGGCACAUGGUCUGCCAUGGUCCUCUUAUACGGUCCUCUUGUGGGGCAACCAUUUCUGACACUAUGAAAUAAGUACAGGGGGGGCAGUUUGAUAAGCAGUCAUUGUUUGUGGCAUGAAUGGCAGAUCUUCCACGUUCCAAAAUAUAAUGAUGUCAUUGCACUGCCAAGGUUGUCUGAUAACAGCACCAUCUGAGACCCGAGUACACACUUAUCCCACCAGCAUCCAUUUUAUGAAAAAAAUACAUUUUUGUCCUGUUCCUUCUGUACAGCAGAUUCCUUAAUGGCACUGGGUAACCUACUUUUUAAAAGAGCCUGCUCCCAAGUUUCAAAUUUAUUCCUCAAACCAUGAUGUUGUCUGGAUGAAAAUUUAUCCUUUGCUGGCUGUGGUGGUGGGGUGAACUAUCAUUGGUCAAUGUCUCUCAGUAUCAGCCAUGGGCUAAGAAGCCAGACACCCCUCGUAUCACAGAGAAGUAACCCAUCGUCUGCAGCUCCUUCCCCAUGCUGCCUGAGCUCCAACUCACUCUCCUGGAGGCCUUUCGAAUGCACCAGAAUUUGCUCCUUGCUAAACCCAGAGUUCCCCAGUGCUGUGCAGAAGCAUCCCCAUCACCUCUACUGAUAACAAGGCUAUUUUUGCAUUCCUAAGGGUAGUCCCUCCACAUAGUUUAGAGUAGCUGCCCAAAACCAGCUCUAACUGGCUGCUGCAGGACUGUAUAUAUAUUCUCUGCAACAACUACAAGUAAAACAAAGUGCCAAGAAAAGUUCAGUUAGGUGACCUGCACACAUUAUGCAAAUUAGAUAAGUUUUGAAUGGGUUUUCUAUCACAACAUGGAUUUUUCUCAGGGUAACCUCAUGGGCUCACAUUAAAGGUACUUUUAGAGGCAGUGCUAGAGAUUCUUUAUUGACAAGGCAAUGGAUUUAAAUAUCAAGUAAAUCUCAGUCAGUAAAUAUUAAAAUAUGUCCACACCCAUGGAAAUCUCAGCUUAUUUAAAAUGCAAAUAUGGUUAAGUAAGGCAAAGAAUUCCAAGUUUAGAAGUCUUUGGAAUGUCAUACUGUCACAACAUAAUAAAAUAUGUAAAAGUAAAAUACACCUAUGCAAAAAUAAAAUGCCAGUCAUGCUCCUUUUUUUAGUUCCCACUGACUUGAAUCCAAGUAUUCAGGCCUUUUCAAAGAGCUGCAGAAAUCUUUUUGUUUGUCAACCGCUUGCCACAAGAAAACUCCCCACCCCCCAGUUUAUAUCAGAAGGUGGAACCUACUAAUCACAUGCCACUCUAGUGUACCUCUCUCUCCCUAGAGGCUCAAGGGGCACUAGGUUGCUUGUUUGUUUUGGCAUCAGAGUGACCUUUGCUUUUGGUUGUUGUUGCAUACAGUGAUUUAUUAUGUUUCUGAUAGUCAAAGAACUACCAGUAAUCUCCACCUUUGGCCGCUGAGAUUUCACCACAUGCUUUCAGCCCUGUCUCUGCAGGUGUACUGAAAAGAAAUUUGAGAGAGAGAGAGAGAGAGAGCUGAAUAUAUGAAAUUCAGGAUGCUGAAUUUGGAGUCCAAUAUCAAAUGCCUGCCCUUGUAUGGAUUUAUUCAAUACACACAGCCCUGCAUAUUUAUUCAGAAGCAAAUACAUCACUAAAUCAGCACAGAGCAAUAUUAGGUUUUGCAGCAGAGUAAUUUAGGGCCAAAGUAGAUGUUGUUAUGGCAGUACAGCUUGUGUGUUAUAAUGUGAGUUGUGUCGUUUUCCUAGCAAGUAAUUCCCAUUACUGGGAAUUUGUGGGCCAUUUCAGGCACAGUGCAGGCAAGUAAGGGGGAACUCAAUCUUCCACCCUGUAUUUUUCAGCCCCAAACAGCUUCUCCCAGCCAUUUUUCUCCCAGUGGGACUCUUAUAGCAGAAGUAAUGCCUAUUCAGAGAGAAAACAACGACAAAGCAGGGGCUUGGAGAGAGGGGAGAGAUUCAGCAGUCCCCUCUCAUCUGCCCAUACUGCGCUUGAUAUUGUUUCCCCACACUUCACUUCACUUCACUUCACAGGAAGUUGGCAUAACCUGCAUUCUGACACAUGGGUUAUGCUGCCAUCAUGUUUCAUUUGAGCCUAAUAUGGGCUGAUUGUGUGGCACCACCCAUUAUUUUUUCAAGUAGUUUCAGUGUUGUAGUCUAUUGGGCUGGCAUUUUUUUCCUAAUUGCCUCCAAAGGUUAUUAAGUCAGGGAUCUGUGCACUGUCCUAGAUGCUAUUGCAUCGUUACUCACCCCCCGCCCCCAUUUUCCCACCAUCUGUUUUUGGGAUGCCAUAUUGCUGUUUUGCAGGCUCUCUUCUUCUGGUGCUGUUUUGUUUUGCAAGUGAGCUUUUUGAUGCUGUGUGGUUUCACACUCAUUCUCCAGCUUCUCCUUCUGUUUUAACAUUGCUGCCAUCCGUCAGGCUGGUAGAAGUUUUAAUCUUGAUACAAGAUGAAGGAGACCUCAGACUCAGCAGCCAUUUUGAUUGGUGGCUGGCCAUGUCUUCUGACCGCAUGAUCCUUACAAGUUUAAUUACUGAGCCCAUUUGUUGAUGUCAUCAAGGAGAAGGGUGAGGAAUGACACACAUUCCAAAGCCAAUAGUGCUCUGUGGUUUUUUACAGAGAGAACUGCAGGCUUAUCUUCAAUAAAGAUGUGUUACAGUUAAUGUGCAGCUUUUGGUGAACAUCAGAAUGUUGACAAUUUCAGAUUAAUCUGGAAAAUGUCUGAGUGUGUGUGUGUGUCUGUCUGUCUGUCUGUCUAUCUAUCCUUUCCCCCCUAGCAUAUCUCAGUUCACAUCUGCAUGUCAAUAUUCUUAAGUGACAGGCAUGCUUGUUGCUUCUGUGGCAUCUUAAAGACUGCCAGCAUGGCUUGUGUGUGUGGGCGGGGAGGCGGGGGGGCUCUGUGCCUAUUAAGGAGUACCUCUUCGCACUCUCCUUGCUACCCCUGUUCUUCCCAAUGAGAGUCGCAGCAGGAGUGCAAGGACUCCUUAGGAGACACAGAGCCUCCCUGCCUUCACAACCUGUGUUGGCAGGCUUUAAAGCACCACUGAAGCAGCAAGCUUGCCUGACAUUUACAAAGGCAGCUUGCUGUACAGCCACGCACUGUAAAGACAUACACAUAACCGAUCUCUAUGUUGUGAAAACAUGGACAUAGUCUCAUUUCCCAGCGUUAAUUGUCGAAACCUCUUCGACACAUAGGGCACUUGCAGAUACAACACAAAGCCACAAAAGCUUCUCACCAAGCUUCUGAAAACAAUCGGAGAAUUCCCUCUACAGACAACUGACAUGGUUUCUUCUGCUGCCAGCAGUUUCUUUGGCCUCUCCCUCUGCCAUUCACCCAAUCCAUGGCUGUUUCUCAGCUGCUCUGUGCCCACCUCUCUUACUAAGCUGAGAAUAAACCACAGGGGGGCCAUUUCAGAUGAUGGUGGGAAUUUCAACUGUGCUGGAAACAAACAAGCCAACUACAACCACUGAAUACAAAUGUCAGCUUAUUUGGCAAAACUGAGCCUCCAGCAAAUUUGAGAGGUACCUUCCAAUGGAAAAGCACUGCAGAGAUGUUCACAUUCAACUGAAAUUCUACUUCGUAUCCUAAAGAGCCCAUUUACAAGGGCCCCUGAAGACAGAGAGACUGGAUUAAGAUCUAAUGAGGCUAUUCACAGAACUGGGUAGGCCGGGAGGGCAGUGGGGGAGGCUUGUGAAACUCAUCUUCCUCCCAAAUAACUGAUCCCAUGCUGCUGGGAGCACAGACUGCACUCAUAGGAACAUAGGAAGCUGCCAUUGAGUCAGACCAUUGGUCCAUCUAGCUCAGUAUUGUCUACACAGACUGGCAGUGGCUUCUCCAAGGCAGGAAUCUCUCAGCCCUAUCUUGGAGCAGCCAGAGAGGGAACUUGGAACCUUCUGCUCUUUCCAGAGCAGCUCCAUCCCCUAAGGGGACUCUCUUACAGUGCUCACACAUCAAGUCUCCAAUUCAUAUGCAACCAGGGUGGAUCCUGCUUAGCUAAGGGGACAAGUCAUGCUUGCUGCCACAAGACCAGCUCUCCUCUCCAGACAAUCUAUGCUGUGUGCCUGCAGUGUGGAGCUCAGGAGGCCAGGACAAUGCUUCCCGGCCUCCGGUAAUCCCACAAUGCACCACACAACACAUUCAAUGCAUUGGGAGAUUCCCCACAAGAGACAGGCAGCUAGAGCAUAGUCUAGUUAGUAUGAUCCAGUAGCCACCCGAUCCAGUAGCCCGGCUAGCAGUAUUGAGUUUAGAGAGGAAAUAAGAGCCACUCCCAGCAAUUAAAGCCCAGAGUACUCCCUAUAGACGCCUCCAUAACCUCAGCUAUCAGCCGGGCUAGGUGGCACUGGCCCACCAGGAUCAUGUCCGAGCCCAGCGUUUCUCACUGGCCGCCUAACCCAGGCUGGGCAUCUCUAGCCUGGUUUAAGCUGCAUGUGAGAACAGCCUCAAUAUAUUUUUGAAUUUUUUUUUUUUUUGCCUUAUUUGCUGAAACACUAGUUGUCUUGUGUGGGAUCCUUUUUCAAUAGGGCCACGGGCCACUGGACUCUCAUUUCCAAGUAUUCCAAGGUAAAGGAGACAAGAUUAUACAUCAAAUAGGGCAGGAGCAUCAUCAUUCCGAUAAAGGAACUGCAAACUCCAAAUAUAUCCCUCUCAGAUUAUCCACUGAAAGGAUACAGGUGUUUGUCCAUGGAAUAUUCCUUAGCAUUAAAAAAAAAAAAAGCAUCAACAGUAGCAAAUUAUGCCAUGACACUAGUAUGGUCCUCAUGACCCUUUGACUCUUGUGCCUUGGACACUUGGGGUAAAAUUCCCUCCUAGGCUAAUUAAACAGCGAUUAACCACUCAGAAGCACAGCAAAGGGAUCUCGUUGACACAAGUAACCUUGCAGACCUCACACUGGUGUUUGCAAGAUAAUUAAGUGUAAACAGCAACCAAGAGAUCAGCAUCAGGUCAGUUUUGUUCUGCCGGUAAGUGACAGUGGCUAGUGACAGACGGAGGGUUGCAGAUGCACAAUGGGGGAAGGUGGAGUGUAAUCCGAAACAUUUCCCCACUUUGUAUAAUUGCAUAAAUGUUGAAUGAUCUUUUUCCCUUUGUGUAUUUCUUUUGUCAUGUGGGCGUGAGACGAGGGGAUGGAGAAAACAGCAGAAGGGGAGAAACACAGCAAACAAUACAAGUGGAGUAAAGAGCAGGGCAGAACUGGUGCAAAGAAAGACAGGAGUGGGACGGAGAAAGUGCCAACUAUUUUGAGCCAUGUGCACUGGGGCAUUAGUGGCACAGGCCACCUGGCCAGAGGUGGUGCUGGGGGUGGGCGGGCAGGCGGACACACACACUCUCUCUCUCUUUCAUAGCCCCAGUCUGUGAUUCUGCAAUCUUAAAAGUACACACCAUCAGUGCUGCCUCUUCCCCAUCCUCUCUACAAUUGCAUAAUAGAGCACGUUUUCUCCUCAUAGGUGUGUGUCAUAAUGCCUGGAGGCCAUCUCUUAUCAGUGGGCGCAUAGUGUCUAUGAGGCUAAGAGAGACCAAGGGAUGAACCAGUCACUUCCUGAUUCAAAUAUUGCCUCUGCUAAUAACACAUUAGUGACUAUGGGUGAGCCACCAUCAUUCAGUGCCUCCCUCUCGCCUGGAAGAGGAGGGAGGCACCCUAUAUGGGGACCAGUGUUUCUUCUAACAGGGAUUCCCAGAUGUUGUUGACUGCAACUCCCAUAAUCCCCAGCCAAAGGCCAUUGCAGCUGGGGAUGCUGGCAGUUGUAGUCAACAACACCUGGGAAUCCCUGUUAGAAGGAACACUGAUGGGGAUAACAAAUACUGACCUACCUUGCAGGACCAUUGUAAGGAUUUCUAAGCAAAUAUAUGUGAGUUGCUUUGAAUACUAUGGGAGAAGAGCUGGUCUUGUGGUGGCAAGCAUAAGUUGUUUCCUUUGCUAAACAGGGUGCACCCUGGUUUGCAUUUGAAUGGGAUAUGACAUUGAGCACUGUAAGAUAUUCCCCUUAGGAGAUGGGCCCGCUCUGGGAAGAGCACUUUCAUGCUUACAUGCAGAAGGUUCCAAGUUCCCUCCCUGGAGGCAUCUCCAAGAUAGGGCUGAGAGAGACUCCUGCCUGCAACCUUGGAGAAGUUGCUGCCAGUCUGUGUAGGCAAUACUGAGCUAGAUGGACCAGUGGUCUGACUCAGUAGAAGGCAGCUUCCUAUGUUCCUAACAUUUUAAAACACUAAAUAAAUACUAAGUUAAUAGUGUUAAUUUGAAAAAAAUAUUAAUGGCUGCACACAGAUGGUGGUGAUAAAGAAAGAGAGAGAUGCUGGUGGUUACAAUGGGGAGGCCCAGGCAGAGCAGGAGAGGGGAGGCCUGCUUGGAAGGCUAAUCCCGAGGCUCAGUUGGUGGUGGGUGCUGGAUGCUGGCAGUAGGGCAGGAAGUGGGAGACCGAUAUAUAAACUAAUUGUAGCAAGGAAAGAGUCUUUUAUACUCCAUUGGCUUCUAUUUCUGUUCUUUUUUUCCUUUGUUGCAUAGAAUCAUAGAACUGUAGCACUGCAGAGAACAUUGAGGAUAACUCUCCAAAGACUGGUCCAAUAAGAGAUGUUUGGAUAUUACAGGACGCCAGCAUGAUUUAGGGCUUUUGAGUAUGUCACAUGCUAAGCAACACAGAUUAACUGAACUCAGGCGGCAGGGCCUUGGCCCUUGGGCAUAUCAGUGUUUUUGAGUUCGUCUGCUGAAGAGGAAUAAUCGACUGCCAUGAAGAUAAGGAUAAUCAAGCAGUCUUUGUGUCAGACGUGGUAUAUAUAAAUGAGUAUUGUUAUCACCUUCA